CUUUGAGUCAGUCAGUCUACUCUUCUCUCUCUCUCUCUUUUCUCUUUUCUCUCCGCAGACAUCAAUUCUCCAUUUUUCUUGACUAAAAUUCUUCUGCGACCUGUGGCUUGUCUUUGAUCCGUUCCCAGUGAAUCUCCCUGCUUUUAUCAGAAACAUCACUCCCUUGUCCUCUCUCCUGUUUUUGUUCUUUCUUGCAAGAACUAUAUUUUGGUCUGAUCAGAUUAAAAAAAAGUUAUAUUCCUUUAUAUCUGUGUUGGUGAGAUGGGUUUGGACGAUACCUAUGCUGUCAAAGCUAAAGGAAACUUGCAAUCGAAGAAGCAAUCUAACAAGAGUGAUGAGAAUCACAAAAAGAAGAAGAAAAACAAUGGCGUUAACAACAACAGUAAAGGCGACAAAGAAGAAGAAAGAGAAGCAAGUGGAUGUUGGCUCAACUUUAGGUUUAUGUUUGGUUGCGUACCUUCAAAGCCAGAUGCUGAUGCCUCUUCCUCUUCUUCUCCUCUCUAUGCCACUACAAUCCCCACCGAGGAAAGCAAACCGGAAAAUGAGAAACCAAAUGAUCAACCAGUUUCCUCCACAACAACAACAACAACAACCAGCAAUGCAGGAAGCUCUUCUUCAACCCCAAUGAUAAGCGAAGAACUUAAGGUCUAUUCUAACCUGACCAAGUUCACUUUCAACGACCUUAAGCUAGCCACCAGAAAUUUCAGACCCGAGAGUCUUCUUGGAGAAGGAGGUUUUGGUUGUGUCUUUAAAGGCUGGAUCCAAGAACACGGUACUGCUCCUGUUAAACCCGGUGCUGGCCUCACCGUAGCUGUCAAAACCUUGAAUCCUGAUGGACUUCAAGGUCACAAAGAAUGGCUUGCUGAGAUCAAUUUCCUAGGGAACCUUCUUCACCCUAAUCUAGUAAAGCUGGUUGGUUAUUGCAUAGAAGAUGAUCAAAGACUACUUGUUUACGAGUUCAUGCCUCGAGGAAGUUUGGAGAAUCACCUUUUUAGAAGGUCGUUGCCUCUUCCUUGGUGUAUACGGAUGAAGAUUGCAGUAGGAGCUGCAAAAGGUCUCAGUUUCCUCCAUGAAGAAGCUUUGAAGCCUGUCAUCUAUCGAGAUUUCAAAACCUCAAACAUUUUACUUGAUGCUGACUACAAUGCAAAACUAUCUGAUUUUGGACUAGCCAAAGACGCUCCUGAUGAAGGCAAAACACAUGUUUCCACUAGAGUCAUGGGUACAUACGGUUACGCUGCUCCAGAAUAUGUUAUGACCGGUCACUUGACAUCAAAAAGCGAUGUGUAUAGUUUCGGUGUGGUUCUACUCGAGAUGCUGACUGGACGAAGGUCUAUGGACAAGAACCGACCAAACGGUGAGCACAACUUAGUGGAAUGGGCAAGACCGCAUCUACUAGACAAGAGAAGGUUUUACAAGCUACUCGAUCCGAGGCUGGAAGGUCAUUUCUCCAUCAAAGGCGCACAAAAGGUGAUUCAGCUCGCUGCGCAGUGUCUUAGCCGUGACCCCAAGGUUAGGCCAAAGAUGAGUGAUGUUGUGGAAGCGCUGAAACCGCUUCCGCAUCUUAAAGACAUGGCGAGCUCUUCUUACUACUUCCAGACAAUGCAAGCCGAGCGUCUGAAAAACGGGUUUGGAUCAAGAAAGGGGCAGCAGCCACAACAUGUAUUUCGGACACUGUCUAGUCCUCAUGGGUCGAGAAAAGGUCAGCCACCACAACCAGUGUUUAGGACACUGUCUAGUUCUCAUGGUGCGUCUCCUUACCGACCUCAGGUUCCUCCUUCUCCGAAGCCUAAAGAAGCAACCACAUAGCGUUCUCUUGCGUGUGGACAAAGGGGAUAACAAAGAAAGGCCUAAGUGCUCCAAGCUUUAUCUUGUUUAAGCGGCAAGAGAUAUUUUAAAACCAAUGAUUUAGUGUAAAACUCUCUCUUUAAUUAAUUAAUGUAAAAACGUUGUAAGAACGAUGAAUCCAAAUGGGGUUGUCUAUGGACACUGCUGUGUUAUCUUA